UAUAAAUAAAUUCAAGUAUAAAAGGUAAGUUUGGUUUAUUAGACAAGUCAAUUGCUUGUGAGAAUAGCUAGUGUUGAUAUGUCUGAACAAGAAAUUUGUGCUGUUUGCAAUGCACCGGCACAACAAAAGUGUAGUGCAUGUAAAAUAAUAUUUUAUUGUUCUCGUCAACAUCAAAAAUAUCAUUGGAAAGAACACGCUAAAAAAUGCAAAGCUUUUGAGAUUGCUGAAGAUGAUGUUGUUGGUAGACACUACAUUGCAACAAGAAAAUUAAAACAAGGUGAAAUAAUUGUUAAAGAAUUAAAGGCAUUAAUAUCAGGACCACAAUUUGGUACAUUUCCUGUAUGUCUUGGUUGUUAUGAUAUUUUAAGUGCUGAUAAUUCAAAGGCAUGUGAUAAAUGUGGUUGGCCAUUGUGUAAAAAUUGCAAGGACCAUGGAGAAGAGUGUGAAUUUACAAUUAAUUAUCGAGGAGAAAAGGUUGUUAUAUCAGACUUUGGAUUGCCUCAUCCAACAUACAAAUGUAUAUGUGUUGUUAGAGCUCUGGCAUUGCGAAAAUCUGAUCCAAAUGCAUAUCAAAAAUUAAUGAAUCUUCAAGGAAAUUACAAUGAAGAUAUUGCCACUGAAGAAUUUAUAGAAGUAGCUAAUUUUGUUAAACGAUUUUUUAAAAUUGAAGACAUUGAUGUUAAAGAAAUUGCAAAAAUUGUUGGAAUUUUACAGAUCAAUGGACAUGAAGUACCAACAACUGAACCACAUCAUGUUGCUGUGUAUGACAUUGCUUCAUACUUUGAACAUAAUUGUCAAGCAAAUUGCUCAAAAAGUUUUACAAACGAUGGUGGAAUUAUUAUCAAAACAGCAUUACCAAUUUCAAAAGGUGAACAUAUAACAAUGUGUUACACAGAUCCUCUCUGGGGUGUGACAAACCGACGUCAUCAUCUCAAACAAACAAAAUAUUUUGAUUGUAACUGUGAACGAUGUCAAGAUCCAACAGAAUUUGGAACACAUUUUAAUUCAUUAAAAUGCACGAAUGGUGAUUGUGGUGGAUCAAUGUUGCCAUCAACAUUUCUAAUUAUUGAUAAAAAUAAGCCAGAUUAUGUUUGUCAAAAAUGCAAAACAUCAUUAUCCGUUGAUAAUGUUGAAGAUAAAUUAGAAAAAAUUGGUAUUGAAUUGGCAGAAAUGAAAAAAAAUGACAUUGAAGUAUGUAAAAAAUUUUUAAAUAAAUAUUCAAAACAACUUCAUGAUAAUCAUUACUACAUGGUUGAUGUUAAAAUGGCAUUAUCACAAAUAAUUGGUCUACAAGAUGGGGGUCUACCAGCAGUUAAUGACGAUAUUAUUAAUGAAAAAAUAUCUCUGUGUAAAAAAUUGGAUGAAUUGAUACAAAUACUGGCUCCAGCUGAAAAUCGUAUCAGAGGACUUUUAUUAUACGAAGCACAUGCAGCAAUUGCUGAAUAUGGCAGGAGACAAGGUCAAGAUCAACUCAAGGGCAUGCUAGUGCUGGCUAAAAAAGCACUGGAGGAAUCAUAUCAACUACUUCGUCAUGAGCCGGAAAUACUUCCUGAAGGAAAAAUUGCUCGUAUUGCAUUUAAAAAUUUAAAUGAAAUUGAUAUGAUUAUAAGAACACUUUGUCAAAAUACCGCAAAUAUAUUGUAAACAUUAAUUAGACCA